AUGGCUAAUGCUAUCAAAACAAUUGAGGUUUAUGAUUGGAUGAACAACAGAGGAGAGAGGUUUAGAGUAGCAGCUAGUGAUGCUGAAAUUCAAUUAGAUCUAAUUGGCAAGGUUCAUGGAAUUUCUAGAGCUGAAGAUUACUUCCUGGAGCUACCAGAUAGGUUGAAAGACAGGAGGAUAUAUGAGGCUCUUCUCAAUGCUUAUUUGAGAGCCAAAAUGAGAGGAAAGGCAGAAUCUUUACUUGAAAAAAUGAGUUGUAAAGGUUAUGCCAUGCACUCACUUCCUUUCAAUGUGAUGAUGACUCUCUAUAUGAAUCUCAAGGAGUUUGAUAAAGUUGACUUGAUGAUCUCAGAAAUGACUGAGAAAAAUAUAAAACUAGAUAUAUAUUCCUAUAAUAUCUGGUUAUCAUCUCGUGGAUUACAAGGAUCUGCAGAAAAGAUGGAACAAGUAUUUGAACAGAUGAAACAGGACAGGACCAUUAAUCCCAAUUGGACUACAUUCAGCACAAUGGCUACAAUGUACACUAAGUGGAACAUAUUGGAGAAAGGAGGAUUUCUAAGGCUUUAUCCUGCUGGAAAGAAGCUUUUAUGGAUCAUGGAGUUGGAGGGCAAAGCCAGUUAA